UAAUAAUCUACUUUAUGAGAUUCUAGAGGGGCAAAAUGCUUUUUGAUAUUUUGCGAUGACAUCCGUUCUACUUUACAACACUCGCUCGAAAUACUAGAAUUAUCUCAGUUUCCCAUUUUAUCUGCCAUCAUGUCGAUGGACUUGGAUUCCCCGAUGCCCAUGCAGCAGGUUGCAUACAAACCGCAGCAACAAACAGCAACGAUCCUAUGUUGUAACUGCGGUGCUCCUAUCGAUGGGACAACUUCUGCAGGCGCCCUUUGUGAAGAUUGUGUGAAGCUUACAGUUGACAUAUCACAAGGAAUACAGCGAGAAGCCACACUGCACUGUUGUAAGGACUGCGAACGUUGGCUACAGCCGCCUUCCCAGUGGAUAAGUGCUACCCUCGAGUCGAGGGAAUUACUUGCGCUAUGUCUCCGAAAACUGCGUGGUUUGGGCAAAGUUCGCAUUAUCGACGCCGGAUUCAUAUGGACAGAACCUCAUUCUAAACGAAUUAAGGUCAAAAUUACAGUUCAGCAAGAGGCCUUCGAAGGGACCAUUCUGCAGCAGACCUUUGAGGUAGAAUAUGUGGUGGCGUCUCAACAAUGCUCCGAGUGUGCCAAAUCGUAUACCCCUAAUACCUGGAGAGCGGCUGUGCAAGUCCGGCAAAAAGUCCCUCACAAACGAACGUUCUUGUACCUAGAACAGUUGAUUCUAAAACAUAACGCCCACAAGGAUACGAUUAACAUCAAGGAAGCCAAGGAUGGCCUGGACUUCUUUUUCUCACAACGAAACCACGCAGAGAAGAUGGUGGAUUUCUUAUCUUCUGUUGCUCCAACUCGAGUCAAGAAAUCGCAAGAGCUCAUUUCCAUGGACGUUCACACGUCGACCAAAUCUUACAAAAUCUCCUAUUCCGUUUACCUGGUACCUAUUUGCAAAGACGACCUGGUUGCCCUCCCCAUAUCGCUGGCCAAAUCCUUGGGUAACAUCCAUCCUCUUACUCUGUGUUAUCGUGUGGGAACUUCGAUUAGUUUGUUGGAUCCAGCUACCCUUCAAACGGCCGACAUCCCUUCCCCAAUAUACUGGAGAACUCCGUUCAAAGGCGUGGCAGAUGUCCAAGAACUUGUUGAAUUCAUUGUUAUGGAUAUCGAACCUGCUGGUCGAUCAGUUGGCCACUUCCAUCUCGCUGAAGUCACCGUCGCACGGGCGUCCGACCUCGGAGUGAACGACACUACUUAUUUCACUAGAACGCACCUUGGUGGCGUCCUUCAUGUCGGGGAUUCUGUGAAGGGUUAUCUGUUGUCGGGGUCAAAUUUCAACGACGCCAACUACGAGGCUUUGGAACAAAGCCAUACAUAUAGUUCUACGAUCCCCGACGUGAUUCUCGUGAGGAAGCACUAUCCCAGGAAGAAGAAGCCCAAGAGAAACUGGCGCCUCAAGCGUAUGAACCGCGAGGAAGAGGAGGCUGCCGCCUCAUCACGGAAACAAGAGAGAGAUCGUGCGGAGGAAGAUUUCGAGAUGUUCUUGCGGGAUGUCGAGGAGGAUAAGGAGUUGAGAAGCACCUUUGCGCUUUACAAAGCCAAAAAGGCGAAAGCUGAUGCUGAGCGUAUGGAUGGUGUCGAUAAAGAUGCGAUGAGUGUUGUGGAGGAAGAUGACGAGGAUGACGAUGAUGAUGGCAUCCCUAAGAUAAACAUGGAUGAGCUUCUUGACGAUUUUGAGGAAUUGAACGUGAACGGUUAAGACAGGUUUUGCCUGUUCUGCUUUUCUUUAUAGCCAUGACUAAUAUUUUGCAUUUAUGAUGGGGCCAUUGGCGUUACUAUGAGGGUAGAUGUGAUUUAAAAAAAUAUAUAUAUAUAAAGUAUUCAAGAAUCACGGAACUGUGGCAGUUUCUUUAUUUGGAUAAAGGGUUAACUGAUGUAGACGCAAACGAAUCUUGUCCUCGAGUGUAUAAAUAAUAUCUAUAAGCAUAAGAGAGAAUGACCACCCUUAGAAGAUCUUCCCCAACACCCUCUUCGCAUCCGCAUCCAAUGCCUUCUCCCCCCUAUCCCUCGCCUUCCCACUACCCAGCACCUCGUUCUGCCUAAACACCCUCCGAACAUCCAAACCAGCCUUGGCCUUAAAACCCUUCUCCUCCCCAGCCCCAACCCCAUCUACAUUCCCACCCGCAGCCUUUUCUCCUUCCACCACCUCCUUCCCCUUCCCCUUCGCCUUCUCCGCCCUCUUCCUCCGAAUCCCCUCAACAACCUUCCCCCUCUCCACCCCGGCCAAAAACGCCUUCUCCUCCCUCCUCGCCCGCGCAUCCUCAAUCCGCCUCCUCGCCUCCCUCUCCGCCCUCUCCCGCUGCACCUGCUCCAUCAAAUCCGCCCACUUAAACCCCCUCAGAUAUUUAAUGUUCCACACGUCGUCAUGGUACCAGCCGCCCUUCUUGCCGCCGACGAUGGUCGCAUUGAGGGUCUCGGCGCAUAUCUUCGCGGUGCGCUUGGAGGCAAAUUCGACCCAGCCGUCUGUGUAUGUGCGGCGGCGGUUGCUGCUUGCUCUUUUGCCGGUGGUGGUGGACGAGGAGGCGUUGGGUGGGACGUAGGGGGAGAGGAAGAUUUUUGUGAUGGGGCUGAAGCCGCGUUGGGUUAGGAGGGAUUUGAGAGCGGAGGGUUUGA